AUGGAUUUUAGUACAAAGCAGGCCUGGGAGGAUCUCAGGAUUGAUAAUCCAAGUGUUGGAUGGUGUAAAGUGGUGUGGUUUAACCAGAUGGCAGGUCCUGAUAGUCAUGAGCAUCUAUUUUUUCAGUGUCCUUACACUAUGGAAAUUUGGGAUUGCAUGAGGAAAAUGACUAAUCUGCAAAAUGUGAGUUAUAGAAUGGAUAAUUCUGUUCAGGAAAUUGCAGAAAAGAAAGUGCAGAAUAAUAUAGGAAUGGUUGUGUGUAAGCUGGUUCUUGUUGCAUCUGUUUACUAUAUUUGGCAAGAAAGGAAUUAUAGAUUGCUCAAGAAGAGAGAAAGGUAUGGAGAUGAACUAUGCAAGAGCAUUAAGUAUAAUGUUAGGUUAAAGAUGCUGGCUUUAAAAGUAAAGAAAUCCAUAAAUAUGAUGAUUAUGGUUGAUAAAUGGGACCUUUGCUGGAAAAAGAAUAGUUUGUUUGCCAUCUAG